GCGGGUGCCUGGAGCGCGGCUGGAGUGGCGGUGACGGCCCUGGCCGCCGCCGCCACCGCCGCCCUGUUAGUGCGGCCGCUUCCUGAUCAUGUGCAGCGGCAGCCGCCGCCCGGAGCCGGGAGCCCGCGAGCGCCCCAGUCCGGGCCGGCGCCCCCGCCAGCACCCGCGGCAGGAGACGAGGAGCCGCGGCAGGCGCUGCCCUGAGCCGGGAGUGAACGGCUGCGCGGCUGCUGGGAGGGUGAAUGAAGCCAGGAGGAGGGGAAGGAGGAGGAGGAGGCGGCGGCCGCGGAGGAGGCGCUGCGGGGAUUGGGAUGCGCCCUGGAGCCCCACUGCUCGUUCACUCUGGGCCGGGCCGGAGACUCUGCCACUCCCGGGGGCGCCGCCGCCGCCUCCUACGUGGUUCCAGUGCUGCGCGCAGGCCGGUCCCGCAGGGGGCAGGGAAGGGGGCCGGACGGGCGGAGCGAGAGGUUUUACCUCACAAAAGCUACUACAAGCACCAAGCUCCCUGAUGGAAAGGAGCAUCGUCCAUCAAGUCACCAGGGUGGUCCAUUCAAGCUGCAGAUUUGUUUGUCAUCCUUGUACAGCAAUCUCCUCCUCCACUGCCACUACAGGGAAGUGCAUCACAUGUCAGGUCACAGAACAGAAAGUGCUGGUGGACAUCUCUUCUUGCCCCAAGAUCUUCGUUGGAAGUCCCCGGGACUUGGUGUCUUUGCCGUUCAAAGUGUUUAUGAACUCGCCAGGAGGCAUAAUGUGUCACCAUUUUAUUCUGGGCCACCCUAAAGGAUGACACCCAGCUUCAGAGACCUCCUCUUGGACGACAUCCCUGAGAAUCAAUGUUUUAGCUGUCCCAUAGUCUGACGUCUGCUUCCGACCGCUUUUGAGCUGGCGCAGGCUUAGUCAUUAAUGGCCAGGACGCUGUUAAAUGUUCUGCCUGAUUGGCUUGCAGCUACACACCUUUUGUCAUUUGCAGAGCAGCAACUCCCUCUUGAGCUCUUGGGGAGUCUUUACACAAAUACACUAGAAAAAAGGCACCCAUCCAUUUUUUUCCAUCUUGGCAUUAGCUCACAGGCAUAGUCCUGGGAUGACCUGGAGUAGAGGCAGUGGAGGAUAAAUUCAUCUUGCACAGACUUGUUUGUGCUAGUUCUAGCCUGUCUCUCGCCACAGAUCUAGCUUUUAAAUACUCAAGUGAUUGGUUUUGUGUAGGAAUGUGUGGAUUGUUGGAUUGGAAGAAUUUUCUCCCUGGAUUUCUAGUGUUUACAUAAGCAGAUAUAAAAAAAAUUUGAUCACUGAUUUAAAUAGCAGGGCUUAUUUUAAAAAGUUAUGGGUGCUUCAAGGUGGUACAGAAUAAAAAUGUCAGGGUUUUUUUUUGUUUUUGUUUUUGUUUUUAACAAGUCGUAACACAACCAAAAUGUAUAUAUUAAUGUUUUGUCAGGAAAGGGUCAAAAUGGAAAAUUUGCAACAAAGACAAACUAGAAUAGGACAAGUGCAAACAGAAGCUGACAAAUAUAUGCCCCUCGUUGGGAGUUCAGCCCAUGGAAUGUUAUGUAGGACAAAAGGAAUGGAAGAGAUAUUUCAGUAACAUUUUGUUCUCUGUCAAAAACCUUCUGAAAUAUAAAUCUGCUGUGUAUUGGAGAAUGGAUACAGCAAUUGAUUCAAGUUGAAUAGCUUUCAUUUAACUAGAAUAUCCCACAGAAAGCAGUUCUUGUUCUGACAACCAUAUUUUUGCUUUCUUUCACUUAAAGAAAAUUGAAUUCAUGUUUACAUAUCUUAUAGGGUUGUUUUAUGGACAAAGACACGGGUCAAACCCCAUCACAGUGGCUAGUGUUACAACAAAUAGAAACAUUUCUAAAUGAAAUAACAUUUCUAAGCCAGGGCCAGUGCCUGCAGUAAUAAUACUAGGUUGGUAUUAUGAAGCCAUUUGCAACUAUAAAUAAUUCAGUCAUAGAUGUGCUUUUUUUAAAAUCCUGGUUUUUAAAAAUUCUAGUCUUUUGCCAAUACACACACCCAUACACAUACUUCACCUAUUUGCAUAAUAGAGGAGGAAUAUGAAUAUGUAUAUAAUAAAGUCACUUUAUUUUGGACUUUCUGAAACAGAUUACCUUUUUUCUUCUCCUCAUGAUGGCUCCCUGAGUUGCUUCCAAUUGUUGAAAUUCCAUAAUUACCCACAAAUAUGGAUGUGCCCUUCUAAGGGUCUUGCCAUGUCAACCAGCCCAGCUGAAAGCUAAUAGCCAGUGUUAGCGGUUUAAGGAACUGAGCUUCAGAAUUGAGAGCCCCCAGCAAAGGAAGUUCUGUUUUUAUUCUCCAUUUCUACUCUCCUCAAGGAGAAAUUAGGUGUUUAUUGUUUUGUUUUGUUUUUUAAAUUCCCAGAUCAUUCUGGCAUUGGUCCUGGAUUCGCUGCAAAUGUAAUUUUUAGCAACAUCUAUUACUCCUGAAAUAUUUUGGCUCUUCGUGGCCUGUAUGAUUCAGUAGACUCUGAGGUUUUCCAAGUACAUUAAGGACUUAAAUACAGAAUGUCUUAAAAUUUUAGGGCUAUUGAUCAAGAGAAAGCUUCUCGAGGAAUAAAGUUCUGUUAGGUUUUAGCCCUAUUCUGCUUUCAAAAUUCUUAACUGGAUGCCGUCUAUUUUGUUUUCUUUCUGUGUUUAUAACUAAUUUGCUACUUGAGUUUAUUGUUUUCUUACUUAGAAACUACUUUUUGUUUUGUUUUGUAAAUGCACAGCCCUUAAAAAUAUAAAACAGUUCCAAACAGUUCCAACCUGUUCAUUGUUUAUACCUUGACCAUCUUUUCUGUCUUAUUGCUGAACCAUCGCUUCUCUUUCUACUUCUCUUCUGGGAUUUCAUCUUGCUCAGCUAAAAUUCUAGUGUGUUAUUCUGAAUAUUAUGGCUUGAGUUUCCUGACCAACUUCUUGCAUCUGAGUCCGUUUCCUGUGCUUAAGGCUGCUGGCAUUCCAUUCACUGCUCCUAGUCAAAACUGAAACUUCUCCUGCUAAUGAGAUUAGGCCUUACAACACUAUUAAUUUCUUCCUCUCUAUUUCUUGCUCCAUUGUUAUUUCUCAGGGAUGAAAAUCUAUUUGUCAUUAUGAGAUUCAUUUUGGCAUCACUUACUAAAGUUCCCUUGGAUUUUUCUGUUCUUCAUACACCCUACAGCUUCAAACUGCAACAGUCAUCAACUGGUCUUUGACAAAUUAGUUGUCUCUACACAUGGUUUACAAUAUUACACUAGCUGUUUAAAAAUAAUUAAGCUUCUUUCUGUGUUCUUUGCUGUGGGUCAGGAACUUUACUUCCUUUGCCAUGCAACACAGAAGUUAAUCACAAAUGGGUCCUCUGAACCAAAUAAUUAAAAAUAGAGCAAAGUUUCUGAACCAGGCGGUUGGCAGAAACGUCUGUACUUCCAUCUGUGCAUGGUUAGGAAAAUAUUUCAUGAUAUUUAAAUAGCAUCAGCUUUGCUCUCUUUUGUGUGAGAGUGUGUCUGUGUGUCUAUGCGUAAUUCAUUGCUUUGAAGGUUUGUUUGACUGUUAGAUAAUCGUAUAAAAAAAGUUACUGGCAAGGAAACAGGAAAGCAAAUCCAGGUGUUUUGUGCAUACAUUCUUUAUUUACCAGUCUCUGUGAAGGAGCAAUGAUCUUGCUUUUGCUUUUCUCUCUAACUGAAAGUUUUUACCUUGUUAUGUGCUGCAGAAAACUAAAUAACAUUGCAUUUUGACUUUGAAA